GUUCCGCCCUUUCCCGGCGGCUCCUCCUCCUCCGUCGCAGCAGGGCCGGAGCGGCGCCGGGAGAGAGAGACGUUGUCCAGCGAACCCAGUCAUGGACGAGACCUUAGAUGAACCUCCCACUUCUGCUGUCUUCUUGGACAACUGCCACUUCUCCCAGGUUAUCUUUAAUAACGUGGAGAAGUUUUACAUCCCCGGAGGAGACAUAACCUGCUUUUAUACCCUCACGCAACACAUCACGCCUCGCAGAAAGGACUGGGUGGGCAUUUUCCGGGUGGGAUGGAAAACAACCCGCGAAUAUUACACCUUCAUGUGGGCUCCUUUCCCGAGUGACCUCAGCGGUGAUUCUAUCGUGCAGCAGCAAAUUCAGUUUCGAGCCUACUACCUGCCAAAAGAUGACGAAUAUUACCAGUUCUGUUACGUUGACGAGGAGGGGGUGGUCCGUGGAGCCAGCGUACCUUUCCAGUUCCGGGCAGAGACUGAGGAUGAUAUCCUGGUGGUUACUACACAGGGAGAAGUGGAGGAGAUUGAGCAACAAAACAAGGAUUUAGUUAAAGAAAACAAGGAACUGAAGGAAAGCCGCCUGUGUCUCCAGAAACAGAACCUGGGUCUGCAGGAGGAGCUCCGGCUGGCACAGGAGAAGAUGAAGGAGCUAGAGGGAGAAGUCUGUUUCUUGCAGACUGGGAACUUGGAGCUGCGGAGAGCUCAGGAGCUACAGGCCGGAGAGAUGAGCUCUGCCCAGAUGAAUUUGGCUUCAAUUAGGGAACAGAACAUAAAACUUGGAAAGGAAAAUCAGGAGCUGCAGAAAGGACUGGAGUCUCUGAGGAGCAGCUGUGAGAAAUUGGAGCUGGAAGGAAAUUUCCUGAAAGAGGAGAACAAGCGGCUGACGGAGCAGAAUGGCUGCAGAGAGAGCGAGCUGCAGCAAUUCAAAGAACACAACCAAGAGGUGUCAUCUGAAAAGGAACAGCUAGAAAGCAGAUUGAAAACUACCCUGGAUCACAUGGACCAGCUGCAGUCACAGGUGUUGAAUCAAGAGAAGGAAAUGGAAAACCUGGUUCGGAUGGACCAUGACAAGACAGAGCAGCUGGAGCAUUUGAAGGAGGAGAACCGUCGGUUACGCAUUACUUUGACUGAACAGAAAGAGCAGGAAGAGAAGCUGGAACAGUGUCUGGAGGAUCUGAAGGUGACAGAGGCCAGCAUGGCUCUUCAUCUGCAACAUAAGCAGCAUCAAAACCGUGAUCUAGCAAAGGAACUCGAGGAGAAGAACCAUUUGUUUCAGCUUCUUCAGCGGAAACAGGAUGAAAUUGAGGAGAAAAAUCUGAGACUAAGGCAAGAGAACAACGAGCUGCUGAUGCGCCCCUCUGAGAGCCCAGAUUAUUCUGCCCGGGUUGCUGUCCCGUCGGCGCAAGUUCCAACUCGGCCUCCAGAAAGUGCAGACCUUUUGUUUGGGAACCCGUACUAUAACUCCCUAGAAACAAGUGCUGUGAACAUGCCCUCUGUGAAGAAAUGCCCCCUGUGUCAUGAGGUCUUUCCUGAUGACAUUGGGCCACGUCAGUACGAGGACCAUGUGCGAAGCCACAUUCUGGAUUGCCCGUUCUGUGAUGAGACCUUUGAGGAUAAGCAGGUGUAUGAUGAUCAUGUGUACUGCCACAGCCUGGAAUAAUUCUUCAUUCUGCUUUAUGCUGUAUAGCAGGUGUAUAGCUCCUUUUUCAGGUGUGAUAGCACAGACUUGAUCUUAACCAAUACUGUAGGAAUAUAGAUCCUAGACAAAUCACCCCAGCAAGGCUGGACUCGGCACCAGUACUGUAGUGCCGACCCAUCUGUUCCGUGUGAUGUGACGCAUCAUCAAGUUGGGUCAGAUACCAAGCAGUACUAUUGAAAUAAUCCAUCCUUGUCAGCUGUCAAAUAUGCGCACUCUUAAACAGCUCAGUCCCUGGGGCUGGUCUACACUGGGGGGGGGAUCGAUCUAAGAUACACAACUUCAGCUACACUAUUCGCGUAGCUGAAGUCGAAGUAUCUUAGUUUGACUUACCUGGCCGUCCUCAUGGUGGCAAGUUGACCACCACAGCUCCCCCAUCGACUCCGCUUACUCCUCCUGCCAAGGUGGAGUACGGGCGUCAAUUCGGGGAUCGAUUUAUCGCGUCUAGACGAGACGCAAUAAGUCGAUCCCCAAUAGAUCGAUUACUACCCGCCGAUCCGGCGGGUUAGUGUAGACAUGGCCUGUAACCAGUUGUUCAGACCGAAUGCAAUACCAGUACUUCAGAACAAAGGCUGUCACUAAGAUCUGUUGUUCCGAUCUAACCAAGUACUGAUAUUGUAGAACAGCAGUUGCCUGUGUUUUGCAGAAACGCCUCUGUUACAAUUGUUAUAUUCCUUAGAGCAGAGCUGAGACCACUAACCCUAAGGCCAAAAACAAUGUGUACUUCCCUUGAGCUCAAAGUCCCAAUCUUAUUAAUGGUUACAGGACUGAAGAUCUAACUUAAUAAUAAAAUUGAGUCCUUCCUUCACCCUUUAUCCCAAGCCAGUGAAAGCUUUACAUCUCUCAGGAAUGAGUUUAACCAUCUAUGUGCAUCCUCUAAGGAAAUUGGUUGGGGGGAGCCUGGAUUGUUUCUCUGAUUUGCUUGUCUGACGCUUCUUGAUUCCAGGACAAAAGGAGCCUCUUCUGAGUGCAGAAUGCUGGGCUUCAAACCGAUCAAGUUCCUGGGAUGAUUGCACUGCUUUUGCACAAGUUUUAAAUUCUUUUUGUUGCAAUGUACAGCAAACAUUCUUUCCUCUAUGCAAACACAAGGGUAAAGUUUAUUAUCCAACAGUUACACUGUGCAUUAAUUUAGUGAUGAACAUCUAACUCUAUAGGGAAUCCUAAUAGGUUUUCAUAACUUCAUUUGAACCAGGCUAAGAAUAUAAUGGAUACUUUAAAACGUUGCUUUAAUAUCUUCAGUGCUAAAGGCUUAAAUAAACUUGUAUCGAUCGACCUUUGAUGAAAACUUUGGACUUCUGUCUUCAAUUAUGUAAUAAGGCUUUUAUUUUAUUUUUUUAACUGUUAGCAGGCACUAUACAAAACUAUGUAACAGAGAAAUGGAAAAGGUGAAUAAACAAUAGCAAACAGAAACUA